AUGGCCAAUCAUACUCAACAUACACCCAACACCUCUUUCGACUUGACCACCAAUGAGCCUACUGGAUUUCCACCGAGACACAUUGAUGGUCAAUGUGCACACAGGUGGUCGAGUCCGCAGGAUCCAAAACGAACGUUUUUUUAUCAUCAAGCCAGCCGGUGCCAAUUUUUUCAACAACGUGGACCACCUCAAACACCUCCAAACUUUGCUGACCCCAACGUACAAGGCUCUGGACCCCCUCCAACCCCUCCAAACUUGGCCGACUCAAACAGAAGACACUCUGCUUUGAUGACACCAACUUUGAUACCCAGCAGAAACCUUCAUGACCAACAUCCCGUCAUCCCAAGUGUUACUCAUGAACGGACCUUGGAUUCUCAUCUUUUUGAUCAAACUCGUCAAAGUGUCAAUCCCAGUAUCAGUCAUCAAAACUCAGAUGUAAUUCCAUUUACUAGCUUUGAAAGUCCACAAGCGUUGGUCCAAACACCUCAAAACUUCAACCAUCGUCGCUUCACUCAUUUGUCUCCUGAAGAUGAUACAUUUCCCGCUUUGGCUUCUCAAGCUUCCAACAUCAGUCGCGAUAAUAUAUUUCCCGGUUUCCUUUCUGACAGUGGCGCCUCCCACAAUAACGCGAUCAUCGCCCAAGAGUUUUCUCAAAACUCGCUUGACAAUUUGCCCUCUCAAACUGCGGACCAUCGCUUACUCAAUCAUCUCCGUCGAGAAAGUCCUUCCAACUAUUUAGGCAACCAAACUUCCAACACUGCAGGUUCUGACAAUUCAGAUGAUUCUGACGAUUCUGACGAGGAUGGGCGCGACGGGAUGGCUUGGGACCAAAUCGACGAUGCUGAUGAACACGAAGCAGAAGAACCAACCGAAGUCAUGCAUGACUUGUGGCUCAAGUUUGUGGUCUAUUCGCGCCAAGGCGUCAAUCCAGCUAGAGGACCCACCAUUGCUAAGAAUCGUGCUCCAAAAUACUAUACACACACCUUCAAGGCCCGAAAGUUUGCGAUCGAUGUCAACAACAAUUCCUUUGCGGACUUGAAGGCUCGACUGUUUGAGUUAUCUGACGACAUGGGUAAAAAUUCCCAAGGCAAUAGUUUCAUUUUCAAGGCGGCCGAUGCGACCAAUUCCGUGAGGGUUUUUGCCUACCUUCAUGCCCAUGAGGUGUACAAUAAAGGUGCAGAGACCGAAAUCACUUGCGAUGAAGAUCUUGAGGACUUUUUUUCGGCGGUUUUGUCUUAUCCUAAGCGAGUGGCUGGAUUCGACACCUUGAUGGAAGAUCCAAACAAGAAAAAACUGGAAGCUGAACGGAUUCUCUCAAUUGGCCAACAUCAAUUACAAGCAAAGAACAUCUCCAAUAAUGUCAUUACGACGAAUUCUGAUCUAGCUCAUGCGGCACCUGAAGACCCCGUCGAUGCGGCCCUGGCUGCCCUCAUGUUGAAGUAUAGCACCGCGAAUAACAAUAAUGCCGAAGGUUGGCGUGUCUAUAAGCAUGACGAUGUGACAAAGGUAAUGCCCAUGAAUUUCCAACUUUUGGGAAUAUGGGCUGAGCACAUGGUGAAAAACCCAGCGGUCACCGUAGAUAUUCCACCCGAAGUCGAAGGGUUUGAAUGGACCGAUCUCAAACGGCCAGUGAAGAUGCAAACUGACGUGCGUGGCGGCAAAAACGAUGACCACGUUGACAAGGAGGCCACCAAAAGGUCACCAAUUCAUCCUGGUACCAUCUCCGAAGCGCAAGGUUACAAUUUGGUUAUUGACCCUUACGAAGUUGACCGCAUCAGGACUCAUGCCAACAUGGAGGAAUACAUGGCCUUUGCGGGAGUUCGAGUGGGCAAGAUUGACGAGGCUUGCCAAUUAUUAUUAGAUCAUGAUAUUGAGCGUUUUGAUGCUUUCCUUUACCCAGAAGAAACCGGCUUGGAAGAUCUCAUUGAAAUGGGGAUCAAACGCGGUACGGCCAUGAGGCUGAUGAAUUGCGCUCGUUGA